CGUUGUCCUUGUCUAAGGUCAAACAUAACUUGACGGCCAGCACCGGUGUAUUGCCAUAGACAUGAUGUAUAAUUGCAGUGCAGGCGAUUGGUAUUCGGAUGAUUGACAUUCCGCUACAUCUACGCCACUCAGGAAUUACUCGACAUCACAACGGUAGGUGGGGCCACACCAGAUUCCUUCCUCUAUACGGUUCUAAAGCUUCUAGACUUUUUUUCUAUUAGCAUUAGCAUAUUCCAAGAGCAUACGCGCGUGUAUAUAUCUAUAUAUAUAGUGUGUGUGUGGUUUGGUCUGAGAAGUUCCUGUUAUAUUGGCUGGCGAUUGGAGAUUUGUGAUCCUCUGCUUCGUCACUCUCGAUGCAUCGGAACACCUCACCGCUUCUCUAUCAGAUGCAAGCUGUUUUCUUGUAUGGAUCUUGACCAGCUCUUUGGUCCCCGAAAAAACUAAGUGAAGUUUUUCUGUACGGCUUGAAGAUCUUUGUCUUGCUCCAGUGUUGUGGGCAAAGAUUAAAGAUGAGUAUGGAGAUUAGCCAGCCCCUCCAAUCUACCAAAGGACUAAAGCAUUUCCCGCUGACCCCUUUUAGGUUUUUUAGGGGACUGCUAUGUUUAGCAGUUUAUCUUUCAACUGCAUUUAUGUUCUUAGUGUAUUUUGUACCCCUGGUUGCUGUAGUUCUGCGCCUAAUUAGUGUACAUUAUAGUAGAAAAUCUGUAUCCUUCCUGUUUGGCUUAUGGCUUGGUCUAUGGCCAUUCUUAUUUGAAAAGAUAAACAAAACUAGAGUUAUCUUUUCUGGUGACAGAGUUCCAGUAGAACAGCGUGUUUUAAUAAUUGCCAAUCACAGAACCGAGGUUGAUUGGAUGUAUCUGUGGAAUCUUGCACUGCGGAAAGGGUGCUUGGGAUACAUCAAGUAUAUUCUCAAGAGCAGUUUGAUGAAACUGCCAGUUUUUGGCUGGGGAUUUCACAUAUUAGAGUUCAUCCCGGUGGAGAGAAAGUGGGAAGUUGAUGAACCAGUAAUGCGCCAAAUGCUUUCUACCUUUACCAAUCGGGAGGAUCCACUGUGGCUUGCUGUUUUCCCUGAAGGAACCGACUAUACGGAACAAAAAUGCUUAAAAAGCCAGAAGUUUGCUAACGAAAAUGGAUUGCCAGUAUUGAAAAAUGUGCUGCUUCCAAAGACGAGGGGUUUCAAUGUUUGCUUAGAGAUCCUGAGGGGCUCCUUAGAUGCAGUUUAUGAUGUGACUAUCGCAUACAAGAAUCAAUGCCCUUCUUUCUUGGACAAUGCAUUCGGCAUUGAUCCCUCUGAAGUACACAUGCAUGUCAGACGUAUCCCUCUCGAGGAAAUCCCUGUAUCUAAAGACGAAGCUGCUGCUUGGUUGAUGAAUGCAUUUGUGUUAAAGGAUCAGCUGCUCACUGAUUUCAUCGUAAACGGUCAUUUUCGUCAGGAAUCAACAGAAAAUCAACUUUCAACAGUCAAAUGCGUGGCCAAUUGCAUAGUUGUAAUUGUUUUUACUGGUAUAUUCACUUAUCUCACCUUUUUUUCAUCCCAUUGGUUUAAGGUCUAUGUAGGUUUAUCUUUAGCAUACCUGGUUUAUGCCACUUGUUUCAACUUCAGACCAAAACCUGUUACUGAUUCUGAAGAAACUAUAUACCAGAGGAAAACAAUUUAAAUAUGGCCGGACGUCUAUAAACCGGUUUUAAUGAUAGUUAUGAAAUAGUUUCUGCUGUGAAUCUUCUUGCAGUGAACUUUGAAUAUCUUCGUUUUCUUGAAUUUAUCUUUGCUGAGCAUCACUUGUAGUUGAACAGGUGCCAAAAAUUUGCAAGUUUUACUUGAUUGAAUAUAACUUUCCAUUCUUUAUGGUGACUGAGGGAAUUGUCUCUCUUUCUUGA